AUGGUUGUUGGUGGUCUGCGAAGGUCACUCCUGGAAAUCCAUCAUGGCAUACUUGCUGUUCUCGCCGCUCAAGGUUUGGCGAGACUUACCACUGAAUUUCUGAAGCACAAAGUUGGACGUCUGCGUCCAGAUUUUCUUGCGAGAUGCAAAUGGGAUAAAGUAAUCGAGGCUUGCACAGGGAAGGUACAGACUAUUGUUAACGGACGCAAGUCAUUCCCUUCAGGCCAUUCAUCAACGGCCUUUUCAGGGAUGUUUCUUUUAUCUCUCUGGAUGGCUGGUCAAACAGCCGCCUGGUGUUUCCAUGUUCCGAGACCAGCCAGAACUAUUUCGUCAAGUCGAAUGAUAAGAUUCACCCUCACACUGCUGCCUAUAUCCUGGGCAACAUUCGUUGCCAUUUCGCGCGUCGAGGACUACAGACACCACAAGGAGGAUGUUAUCGUUGGUAGUUUAAUCGGCAUCGCUUCAGCAUGGAUCUGUUACCUGAUAUUUUGGCCAAAUCCGUUCUCCGCAGCGAGUUUCGAUCAACGAGCAUUUGGACAACCACGUUCGCUCUACACUGAUGGGCAAUAUACAAGGACCGUGGAUUUUGAACUGACCAACCUAGAAGAUGACGAUGCGAAUGUUGUGUAG